CUGCGACAACUGUGACCCACCAAUAUAAAACAGUUUGUAAAGUGCUAUUGUUUAAUGAACACUUCACUUAAUGUCGAUGGUCAAAACAACCAUUAUUAUGCAGCCAAAAUUCCGUCCGAUGUGAAAGCUCAUGCUUGUUUAAUGAUAUUAGCAUGGGGUUUCUGUAAUCCUAAUGCUAUUAUCAUUUCCAGGCACUUCAAGAAAGGUUGGCCAGGUCGAACAAUAAACAAUUUGGCAUACUGGUUUCAGUUUCACGUUAUUCUGCAGUCGUUUACACUUGCAUUUGUCUUGCUAGCUCUGAUGAUUAUUGUGGUCCAUGUUAUGGGUUACUCAAAUUUAAAUGACCUUCCUUUCAGCGCUCACCCACCAUGUGGGUUCACUAUCGUUAUACUUACCUUUUCAAAUCCCAUUGCUGCAUGGUUUCUUUGCACGACAAGUGGUCGCCAAAGAGCUAUUACAAAACGUAUUCAUCAAACAGCUGGAAUUUUGUCACAGUUACUUUCUGUCCCAACAGUUCUAAUCGGACUACAAAUGCCAGCCUUGGGAUACGAUGUUUGUUCGUCGAAGAUAUAUUCAACACUUUUUAUUAUUACUGUUGUUCUUAACGUCGCUAUUGAGAUAAUUCUUGAAGUUAUUGGAUAUAAAAUCAGAAAAAAUUUCCAAAUUGUGCAGUCAAUUCUAAGCAUUCAAGCUGAUGAGGCUGAUACACUGCUUACUCGAAUCGCAGAAGAUCCAAAACGUGGAGCUACAUUUUUAGAAAAUUAUAGAACAGAACUUGUCAAUCAAAAUUCUAAGAAAGGUAUACCAAAAGAAAUUACAAAAAACCACACAUUAUGGAUCAUUAAGUACUUUCUUCUCGCUAUACAUUUAGCUCUCAGUUUUAGUUUGAUAUUUGUCUUAGUUGUACUGUUAGCUGAAUGAAACUUCUCGUGCUUCUUCGACGGAAUAAAAUAAAGAAAAAGUCAACAUUCUUCACUUCAAGUCUUUUAUGAGAUCAAUUUUUAACUAGUAAAUAACGCAAUCAAUGUUAUAAUAAAAUCUUUUUGAAUGCUACAAA